AUGGCAGAGUUUCAGGGCAGAAUGGAGGACAACAGCCGGGGCGAAAGUUUGUGCAAAGUUUGCGGCGACAAGGCAUCUGGCAAGCACUACGGCGUGCCGAGUUGCGACGGUUGCCGCGGCUUUUUCAAACGGUCGAUCCGCAGGUAUGCAAGAAACCUCGAUUACGUUUGCAAGGAGAACGGUCGCUGCAUCGUAGACGUCUCUCGGCGCAAUCAGUGCCAGGCAUGUCGGUUCACCAAGUGCCUGCAGGUCAACAUGAAACGAGAUGGUACGCUUCGCUUCAAAGGGAGCAUGAUACUCGCAGCGGUGCAGCACGAAAGAGCUCCACGGAAUACGUCGUCCCUGGUCGCGGCAACGAGAAGAGGCCCCUCGGGACUGUACCCUGCGAUCCCGCACGUUUACCACGCGGCGAGCAACCCUUACCAUCCUCUUCUGUACCCUGCGCUGUUCCCCUUCAAGCCGGCAAUGUCGGUUUUCACGCCAUCGGUCGCUUGAAUUUGCAGCGCACUUUCUGCCACGCUCGCCGACAGAACCGUUGGCUGUGAACACGGCGAAAGAGGACGAGGUGACGAGUUCCGAGGAGGCUGGACCGAUCGAAGCGAGAAUCGAGCCGAAGGGUAAGAAGCUUCGCGUGGAUCCUUCGAUCGUUCGAUCAAACGACGCACGAUCGUCGUUUCUGUGUGUUUCAGAGGAGUUGACGAGCACUCGGCUGGCACCGGCCAACUCUGGUUCCGUGGACUACAACGUGUCCAGCUUCUCUAUUCUGCCCACGGAGAAUAUUUACGAAUUCGCGGCGAAGUUGCUGUUCUUCGCUGUCAGAUGGGCGAGAAGCAUCCACUCGUUCUUACAAUUGCCCUACAGAGACCAGACUAUUCUACUGGAGGAGUCGUGGAGCGAGCUUUUCGUGUUGACCGCCGCGCAGUGGAAUUUCCCGGUCGAAGAGUCCGCCCUGAUACCGAACGAUUUGUCACCCGAGAGGAAGGAAACGCUGGUCGAGGAAGUGAGGAAGCUGAGGGAACUACUGGCAAAGUGUGCCCUCCUCAGGGUCGAUCAUUCCGAGUACGCUUGCUUGAAGGCCAUAGUCCUCUUCAAAGGAGAGUCGCGAGGAUUGUGCGAGCCAGGGCGAAUAGCAGCGUUGCAAGAGCAAACGGUGACUGUAUUCUGCGAGAGGGACGCACGAAGGGUUGGACGACUUUUGCUGCUGUUACCGCCUGCGCGCGCGCUCUGUCGGUCAACCCUGCAAGAACUGUUGUUCAAACCGACGGUAGGGGAUGUCAGCGUGGAACGACUGCUGGGCGACAUGGUCAGCGCGCUCAGGCCGACGUAA